AUGCAGAAACCGGACGAGAAAUCCUCUAUUAAUUCUUCAUAUAUCCCAAUUUUAAUCGAUUUUAAGCCCACAUUUCCACCAAAAAUUACCAACGACGAUUUAGUUUCGAAGUCAAAUGCAUUUAUUAUUUAUAGAAGGGUUUUUAACAGAGAAAUAUCUGAAUUAAAGCAUAAUAUUUCUUUAGAGGAAAUAUCCGGGAAAGUUUCCGAAAGCUGGAAUAAAGAACCUGAACUUUUUAAAAAUUUUUAUAGAAAGCUCGCUAAUCCAAGUAUCAUUAAUGGCAGCAAUGAUCCACGGUCUGGGAAUUUUAAUAUUAUAUUACAGCAUGCCAAUAAUGGAAAUUUACGAGAUUAUUUGCAAAGUAAACAGUCUGAAGAAGGUUUUAAAAUCCCAUGGACAGAUCUUAUACAAAUUGCAAAAGGAAUAACGCUUGGACUAAAAUGUCUACAUGAAAACAAAUUUAUUCAUUUGGAUCUGAAUUAUGAUUAUAGUUCUAUUUCCAUAAAAAUUUUCCUUUAUGAACGAGAGGAAAUGACACCACAAGGAUACGCAGAUCUUUAUAUGAAUUGUUGGUCAUCUUAUCCAGAAAACCGUCCUAAAUUAGAUAGUAUUUUGUGUGAUCUUGAAAGAUUAUCAACAGAAACAGCUGUUAAAUUUAUAAUAAACGUCUCUAAUAAAUCAACUAA